UGAAGUUCUUGGUGUCAUGUUCUUUCGUCAGGGAUUCGAAUCAUGUCGACCGUUAGCAUGGAGCCUCUGCUCUACCGCUCUGUUCGUGAGAGCGUUAGGUAUGCUCCCAUAUCCAGGACUUUUAAGCCCUCCUCCUGGAGUUGCUCCACGAAUCAUAAGCUGGUCUUCCAUGCCCGGAGCUUCUGCAACUUCAGGUCUUCCAAUGUUCACGCUCUCAGAGCUAGCACUACUACCGAUACGGAUAUCUUCGAGACCUUGGAAUCCACCGAUGUCUUCUUCAAGGAGACUUUCCCGCUCAAACGAAAGGAAACGGUGGAGGGAAAGAUCUUCAUCAGAUUAGAUCAAGGGCAGAAUAAUGGGAAUUGGCAGCUAACUGUAGGUUGUAAUCUUCCCGGGAAAUGGAUUCUUCACUGGGGAAUUUCUCGUGCAGAAGAUGGUGGCAGUGAAUGGGAUCAACCUCCUGACGAAAUGAGACCCGGGGGUUCAAUUCCCAUCAAGGACUAUGCCAUAGAGACACCUUUAAAGAAAUCCUUGUCAUCAGAAGGAGAUGCUUUACAUGAAGUGAAGAUCAAUCUUAUCCCAAAGAGUGCAAUUGCUGCUAUAAAUUUUGUUCUGAAGGAUGAAGAAACUGGAGCUUGGUAUCAGCACAGAGGGAGAGAUUUCAAGGUGCCUGUAGCAGACUAUCUUCUGGAUGAUGGCAAUUUAGUAGCAGCAAAAAGAAGCUUCCGUGUCUGGCCAGGGGCUUUGGGGCCGCUAUCUAACUUGCUCAUCAAGGCAGAAGUGUCGCGUGCUAAUGGUUCAGAGAGCAGCAAUGAAUCCAGAGAGGCUGAACAAAAAAGUAGAAGCCUAGAAGGGUUCUAUGAAGAGCAGCCUAUUGCAAAACAAGUGGCUUUUGACAAUUCAGUCACAGUCUCUGUCAGAAAGUGUCCAGAGACAGCUAAAAAUCUUCUGUAUGUUGAAACCGAUUUACCUGGAGAUGUUUUCAUUCACUGGGGAGUUUGCAGAGAUGACGCCAAAACUUGGGAAAUUCCAGAUGCGCCACAUCCACCAGAAACAGUAUCUUUUAGGGACAAGGCUUUGCAGACUCGAUUACAGCCAAAAGAGAAAGGAGAUGGAUGCUCGGGAUUGUUUACCAUAGAAGAAGGACUUCAGGGUUUUCUUUUUGUGCUCAAGCUAGAUAAAGGCACUUGGUUGAAAUGUAUGGAAAAUGACUUCUACAUUCCUCUCUCAAGGUCUAGCAGCUUGCUUGCUAAGUCCAGACAGGAUCUACCUGAAAGUGCACAGAUACCUGAAAAGAAUGCAAAAGCAAAAGACCCUGAAAGUGCACAGAUACCUGAAAAGAAUGCAAAAGCAAAAGACCCUGAAAGUGCACAGAUACCUGAAAAGAAUGCAAAAGCAAAUGAAGAAGCAUCUCUUAGUGCAUUUACUAAUGGAAUAAUUAAUGAUAUAAGGAGCUUGGUAACUGACAUUUCCUCUGAGAAGACUCGGAAGAAUAAAUCUAAAGAAGCACAAGAAAGUAUUCUCCAAGAAAUUGAGAAGCUUGCUGCUGAGGCCUAUCGUAUCUUCAGAAGCUCGAUUCCGACUUUCACAGAGGAAGCUGUUGUUGAAUUUGAGAAGAAACCAAAAUCUCCAGUCAAAAUUAGCUCAGGGACAGGCACAGGGUUUGAAAUAUUAUGCCAAGGUUUUAACUGGGAAUCUCAUAAAUCUGGAAAAUGGUACUUGGAGCUGAAAAAAAGAGCUUCAGAAUUAGCUUCGAUUGGUUUCACUGUGAUAUGGCUACCACCACCUACAGAAUCUAUAUCACCUGAAGGAUACAUGCCAAGGGAUUUAUAUAAUCUAAAUUCCAGGUAUGGAAAUGUUGAUGAGCUGAAAGAGAUUGUGAAGAUAUUUCAUGAAGUUGGUAUCAAAACUCUUGGAGAUACUGUCCUGAAUCAUCGUUGUGCACACUAUCAGAAUCAUAAUGGCAUUUGGAAUAUAUAUGGCGGCCUUUUAAAUUGGGAUGAUCGUGCAGUUGUUGCAGAUGAUCCACAUUUUCAGGGCAGGGGAAACAAAAGUAGUGGAGAUAAUUUCCACGCUGCUCCAAAUAUUGAUCAUUCCCAAGAUUUUGUGAGGAAGGAUCUCAGAGAAUGGUUGCGUUGGCUGAGGAAAGAAAUUGGGUAUGAUGGAUGGAGGCUUGAUUUUGUCAGAGGAUUUUGGGGUGGUUAUGUCAAGGACUAUCUGGAGGCAAGUGAGCCUUUCUUUGCUGUUGGCGAGUAUUGGGAUUCCCUCAAUUAUACAUAUGGCGAAAUGGAUCACAAUCAAGACGGACAUAGGCAAAGAAUUAUUGACUGGAUCAAUGCAACUAAUGGAACAGCUGGUGCAUUUGAUGUCACAACCAAAGGAAUUCUUCAUUCAGCACUGGAAAGAUGUGAAUAUUGGCGACUAUCUGAUCACAAGGGAAAACCUCCUGGGGUUGUCGGAUGGUGGCCAUCGCGGGCUGUUACCUUUAUAGAGAAUCAUGACACUGGUUCUACUCAGGGUCAUUGGAGAUUCCCAGGUGGAAAGGAAAUGCAAGGUUAUGCUUACAUUCUGACCCAUCCAGGAACACCCACAGUGUUCUACGACCACAUUUUUUCUCACUAUCGAUCUGAGAUUGCAGCUCUGAUCUCUCUUAGGAACCGGAACGAAAUCCAUUGUCGGAGUACAGUUCAAAUUACCAAGGCAGAAAGGGAUGUGUAUGCAGCCAUUGUUGACGAAAAAGUUGCAGUGAAGAUAGGACCUGGACAUUAUGAACCCCCAAGUGGGUCCCAGAGAUGGUCUUUAGCUGUUGAGGGAAAAGAUUAUAAGGUCUGGGAAACAUCCCAAUGAUUUUGAUUGGAUCAUUUGGUGUAUGAAGUCAGUUACUGGAAGAUCAGCAAGGUAAAGAAUGAUACACUUUGUUUGUGAUGGCCGUCUGGUUGCAAACCUCCAUUGAAGUUGCUUGUACCAUACCAUGAUUUUCCUGACUUAAAGAGGAUUAAGAGGAGCUUGAAUCCUAGGGCUGAAUGGGGAGUAUACUAUCACGGCAAUUAAAUUAAAAAGCUAGUGUGGAAGUGGUAUCAUGUUAUUAGGUGUGGGAUAGAGGUACCAUCUUACACGUAAUUGCAUUGUAAUGCCUCGUGGAACAUUUUCUAAAUAAACAUGUCUAAGAAUGCAUAUCAUUAUAAUAAUUCUGUAAGAAAACUACUUGAUCAAAAAAAAUAAUUCUGUAAGAAAACUAUGCAUGAUAUGAGAUGAUCACGUUUAUGCCUCA